GGCGGCGAUACUGUAAAAUCUUGGUCGUGACUUUGAACCUACGAGCCACGACACCCAAACCCCCACGAGGCCAACGACGCCAUCGUCAGCCGCAACGCCCAAACGCCAGCCCGACCUCAUCCGCUGUCGACCUCUUCCCCCCGCACAUCCCGGCGCAAACCAAGUCGCGAAUUCUACCCCACCAUCAUCAUGGCCACCAACGGCGACAAGUUUGGCAACGACGUGGAGUCCGAGUCUGACUCUGGCCCCGACUCUCCUAACCUCGAUGCCCAGGACCUUUCCGACAACGAUAUCGACGACAAGCCGCUCAAGUCGGCGCUGAAGAAGACUGCCCCGCCCCCUCCAGUCCAGCGGCCCGAGCUGCCGCCGCAAACAGACCCCAAGGACCUCGACGUCAGCGCGCUGAAUCCCUUGACUCCCGAGAUCAUCGCGAGGCAAGCAACCAUCAACAUCGGUACCAUCGGCCAUGUCGCCCACGGAAAAUCCACAGUCGUCAAGGCCAUCUCGGGCGUCCAGACUGUCCGCUUCAAGAACGAGCUGAUCCGCAACAUUACCAUCAAGCUGGGUUACGCCAAUGCCAAGAUCUACAAGUGCGACAACCCAGAGUGCCCCCGGCCCAGCGCCUUCCGGAGCUACAAGAGUGAGAAGGAGGUCGACCCUCCUUGCGAGAGGGACGGUUGCGAGGGAACCUAUCGCCUGCUCAGACAUGUCUCCUUCGUCGACUGCCCCGGUCACGAUAUUCUCAUGAGCACCAUGCUGUCAGGAGCCGCCGUCAUGGACGCCGCCCUCCUACUGAUCGCCGGAAACGAAUCCUGCCCCCAGCCCCAGACUUCGGAGCAUCUUGCUGCCAUCGAGAUCAUGAAGCUCGAAAACAUCAUCAUCCUGCAGAACAAGGUCGACCUGAUGCGGGAAGAGGCCGCCCAGCAGCACUACCAGUCUAUUCUGAAGUUCAUUCGCGGUACCGUUGCUGGAAAGUCGCCCAUCAUCCCCAUCUCGGCCCAGCUGAAGUUCAACAUCGAUGCCGUCGUCGAGGCCAUUGUCAACACUGUCCCCGUUCCUCCCAGGGAUUUCUCGAUGGACCCGCAGAUGAUUGUUAUCCGCUCCUUCGACGUUAACAAGCCCGGCGCUGAGAUUGACGAUCUCAAGGGCGGUGUUGCCGGUGGCAGUAUCCUCCACGGUAUCCUGAAGCUCGGCGAUGAAAUCGAGAUUAGGCCAGGUAUCGUCACUCGUGACGACAAGGGAGACCUCCAGUGCACCCCGAUUUUCAGCCGCAUCGUUUCCCUCAACUCGGAGGCCAACGACCUCAAGUACGCCGUGCCCGGUGGUCUUAUCGGCGUCGGCACCCGCAUCGACCCCACCCUUUGCAGAGCCGACCGUCUGGUUGGCCAUGUGCUUGGCCUCAAGGGCCGCCUUCCCGACAUCUAUAGCGAGAUCGAGGUCAACUUCUACCUGCUCCGCAGGUUGCUUGGUGUGAGGACCGCGGACGGAAAGCAGGCCAAGGUCGAGAAGCUGGCCAAGAACGAAGUCAUCAUGGUCAACAUUGGCUCGACGUCCACCGGUGCCAAGGUCUCUGCCAUCAAGAAGGAUGCCGCAAAGCUGAUUCUCACCAGUCCUGCAUGCACAAAUAUCGGCGAGAAGGUUGCCCUGAGUCGCCGUAUUGAGAAGCACUGGCGUCUUAUCGGAUGGGCUACCAUUGCUGCGGGUAAAACACUCGAGCCGACGGCUUAGGUUGGGUUUUCUUAAAAAUGGGCACGGUGUAAUGGGGAUGGGAACGCGUCAGGCAAAAGCAUUUGGGGGCACGCACUUCUGCAGUUCAAUGUAUGGGCAGGAAAAGGACCCGUUCUCUGAAAUCUUGACAGGUAAACCACCAAGGCUGGGGCAUGCGAUAGCAGCCGAACUCAUGGGAUGGCCGCACAUAGAGAUGCAUCCCCGUGCGAGUUUUCAAGCUUUCACUAGCCUCAUCGUUUCACUAUUUAGCGUCUCGGUCUGUGACAUGAUUAGUAGCCGGGGCAUUUUGGCCGGUAACAAAAGCCAGGGAGGCCAAGGUUGAAAUGUUCACGUUCCCUGCAUAAAAUCCUGCGCUCCGUAUAAA